AUGACUACAGCUCAUAGACCUACGUUUGACCCGGCCCGUGGUAAAGAAGCCCUUCGUGGCCCUGCCUACCAUCAACGUCUUUUACCAGCCCAUACCCAACUCAAGUAUCGUCAGGCCGGUCAAGGCGGUGCCGCCGACGAGGAACCCACUCGCGAUCUCGCUGCCGAACUUCUUGCCGCUGAAGCCGCUCAUUUCACCAAGAAGAACGGCGCCCCUGUCCCAAUUGACGAUGCCGACGAGGACGAAGAAACCAGCGUUUCCGGCGGCGCUAAACGAGCGCUUCCAAGCGCUGAUGGCGAGGAUGAAGAUUUAGAGGCGAAGCGACGACGCAUACUAGCAGAGACGAGAGAUAUCGAUGCCGAUGACGACAGCGAAGAGGAUGAAGACGAUAGUGACGAAGAUGAUAGCGAUGAUGACUCCGAUGCGGAGCUGCAGAGGGAACUAGAUCGCGUGCGCAGAGAGCGGGAGGAGAGAAAGAAGAAAGAGGAGGCAGAGCGACUCAGAGAAGAACAGGACGCUCGAGAACGAAACAUUGCUCUUGGAAACCCUCUCCUCAACAAGCAAGAUUUCAACAUGAAGCGUCGCUGGGACGACGACGUGGUCUUCAAGAACCAAGCUCGUGGUACAGAGGACAAGGGCAAGAAGAAGGAGUUCGUAAACGAUCUCCUCCGUUCCGACUUCCAUAGACGCUUCAUGAGCAAGUACGUUAGAUAA